ACCUCAGCGAGCCACCGUAUGCUGAUUAUCUGUCUUACAGUCGUAAUACUCGCGUGAGAGAAGUCGGUUUCGACGACAGACCUUUGCAGUUGCUGUAACCAUGAAGUCUUUCAUCAAUUAUUCGCCAGAUUGCGACUUCUCGAUCGAGAAUUUACCGUACGGAGUCUUCUCUACAAAGAAUAAAUCAGAGAAAAGAAUAGGCGUAGCAAUUGGUGACGAAAUUUUGGAUUUGAGUGCCAUCGCAAAUUAUUUCGAUGGACCGCUAUUGAAGGAUAAACAGGAUGUAUUCCGUUGUGAUUAUCUCAACGAUUUUAUGUCUCUUGGAAGACCAGCAUGGCUGGAAGCAAGAUCAAAACUUCAAGAAUUGCUGUCUACAGGCAACCCUACCUUGCAAAGUGCAGAAAUUCGCUCAAAAGUUUUAGUCGCACAGAAAGAUGCUACGAUGCACGUGCCAGCAAAAAUUGGCGACUACACAGACUUUUACUCAUCUAUCAAUCACGCUACAAAUGUUGGCACCAUGUUUCGUAGCAAGGAAAACGCGCUGAUGCCGAAUUGGAAAUACUUGCCGGUCGGCUAUCACGGAAGAGCGAGUUCCGUUGUUAUAUCUGGCACACCCAUAAGACGACCACGUGGUCAAACACUCCCUGUUGAAGGCGCAGCACCAGUCUUCGGACCCUGCAGACUAAUGGAUUUUGAACUCGAAGUUGCCUUCUUUAUCGGCGGACCACCUACAAAUCUUGGUGAUACUGUGCCAGCUUCGAAGGCUUUCGACCACAUUUUUGGGAUAGUUUUGAUGAACGAUUGGAGUGCACGAGAUAUUCAGAAAUGGGAAUACAUUCCAUUGGGUCCAUUCGGUUCCAAAAAUUUGGGAACUACGAUUUCUCCGUGGAUAGUUACGAUGGAAGCUCUAGAACCCUUCAAAGUACCGAAUAUGGUUCAAGAUCCAGUACCAUUCCCGUAUUUGCAACAUCCCGAGUCGUGCAACUUUGACAUUAAGUUGGAAGUUGAUAUCAAAUCAGCUUCCAAUGGCAUAGCUACAACUGUAUGUCGUAGCAAUUACAAACACAUGUAUUGGACUCCGCGACAACAAUUGGCGCAUCAUACCGUCACCGGAUGCAACAUUAAUCCUGGUGACCUAAUGGCUUCCGGCACUAUAAGCGGGGAGACUCCUGACUCUUUCGGUUCUAUGUUGGAAUUAUGUUGGAAAGGCACGAAAAAUAUUCCAUUGAAAGACGGCACCACAAGAAAAUUCCUUCAAGAUGGUGAUGAAGUGAUUAUUCGCGGUUACUGUGUCGGCGAUGGUUACAGAAUUGGAUUUGGUUCGUGUUCAGGUAAAUUGCUACCUGCCCACACUAACUGAAGUCGAUA